CAACUCUGGCGUCUUCUCCGUGGCUACGCUUGUCAUGCUCGCGCUACAAUGUGUUUACAUUGUAAUUCAUGAAACGCUGCUAUGCUGUAAGGACGAUUACUUCGAGUUUGGCAGUAUGAAACGCGCGAUGCCCGAGGAAAGUGACACGAAACGAGCCUUUGUCAAACAAGAGUACGAACUUGGAUACGAUGCCGCGUACGCUAAUUACUCGUCAUCAUCGUCGUCCACACCCUCCAUCGCUCAGCCUCUACCUGGGCAACCACCCCUGCCUCCCAUGCCACCGCCACCCAGCCGAGUCCCACCUCCGCCUCACGUGUUCGAAUCAGUGCCUUCCCAAGUGACCCCCAUUCAAGCAUGGAUUCACCCUACGUGGCAGUGGAUAGCGUCGCAGGCGUCUCUGUCGUCUCCGGCUCCGCGCGAAAUUACUAAUACGAUUCCAAGAGAGGUGUCUCUGAGGAAUAGUUACAUACAUCACGAGAGAUUCGCUGCUCACAACAGAAGUAACAUGUAUGUCCAGAGGAAUAAUUUUCGUAAGAAUAGAAGACCCGUGCGUUUUGGACUGCCCCAGGGUCAGUUUGAUCAAAGCGCAUACUUCGGCGCAACUCUGACGGGUAAUCUUGGUGUGGAGUGGCAAAGAAAUAAUUAUACCGCAGUAGUGAACGACGAUAUAAGAAACCACAUGACUGUUCCUCUAUCUUCCCAUUCCAUACCUCCCAUUCCACCGGGAAUCGUGAGCAACAGGCAUGGCGAGGAGACGGAGGAUCAGGAUGUGAAAAUUGAAAAGGUAGUAAAAAAGAGUAAACAAAGAAAGCCGAUGUCUCAAAGCUAUCCCAGCAAGCCGUGGAAUAGAGAGGACGCUGAGAGAGCCCUGAUGACUGAAAACGAAUAUAAUAUGAAGAAUAAAGUUAAUGCGCAGAGCUUAAUAAUUAAGUUUCCUGAUCCGGAUUUAAAUAAGGAUAUUGUUAGAUUAUUUCAUCCUGGUAUACGAAAUAUACACUUUCAAAAUCCUAGCGGCCCACGAUAUUGCUUCAUUCAGAUGGCGAAGAGUGUAAAUAUUGACGGUGCUAUAAAAGAAUUGGAGAAAAUCAAAUUUGGUACAGGAUACUUGAAAGUCGAGAAGAAAGCGGUAAGAAACGAGGACGUUCGAAAUACGAAGCCCGAAGAUAUAAAUCCUUACAAUUUAUAUAUAGGAAAUUUGCCUACGUUCGUUAAAGCAAACGAGAUAAAAAGCAAGUUUCCAAAGGCGCGAGUAGAUGUAUCAAGAGCACGGAAGUUGAAGAACACGCAAUUUGCUUUUAUGAGAUAUAAUAAUGUAGAUGAUGCGAUAGCAGAUUACAAAAAGGCAUAUGGCUUAAUGUGGGACACAAGGAGUAUUAUUGUUAAAUUUCGGCGAAAGGAAGGUAACGCUUACCUUCCCGAUGAGCUUAAACCUGACGUUAAGAAAGUUAAAGAGGAGCCAAGUAACGCAGCACAAGUGGAGAAGGGACAGAACGCGAAUCAUGUUGAACUUAAGCCUAACGUGAACAAGUCGAAAGAAGGGGAAAAUAGUGCCGAUCAAGAGGAUAAAGUCAAGCAUGCGGACAAAUCGUCGGAAAAUCAAGAUACGAAUAGUUUAGAAACGCGAUUGCAAGAUAAUUCCGUUAAAGCACAAAACAACUCGUCGAAAGUGCAGGAAAAUACGAACUCUCAUUCUUCUUUGGCACCAGCCUCGAUCACAUCAGAUAAGACAAUACAAGAGCAACAACUCUGGGCUUCUGAAAUGCCUUCGACAUCAGAGGAUCCAUCAACGUGUUUAACGCAGACCAAUCCUAAUGAAGAAACGCUCAUUACACAAAUCAAAGAAGAGCCCAUAGAUUACGUUGAGAUGGAUAUAUGUAACAUGCAGUCGGAUGAUGAUGAUGACGACGAUGAUGACGAUGUUGAAGAACCGGAUGAUACUGACGAUGAUGUGGAUAAUAAUAAGGAAGAUUUCGAAGAGGACGAUGAAGAUGAAGAUGUCGACGAUGAUGGGAAUAUAGCUUUUAUGACGAAGUCAUCGAAAACAAUACAAGAUAAGAAAGAAGAACCAGCGGAUCACCUUGACCAAAUGUUCAGCGAAUUGGAAAAUAUGACGAGCGAUAUUGGAUUUUUGAAAAAUUGAAUAUUAUAUAAAUUAUCGCUUUAAUACGUAUUUGUCACAUACUACGCUGACAGAAAUCCUUUUUAUGAAAUGUAAUUCCGUAUGUAAUGUAUAAAUCUGUAGCUGCGUAAUAUAAACAAAUAAGACUGCAUGUUAAAAGUA